UUCUGUUUUUGCGUCUGUGAGAUUCAUUCACGAUCCCAGCGGAGCAGAAAUGGACGAAAAGGACGAAGAUCUGGGUGUCUUUGAUCCAAACAUCCCAGAGGAGGGACCUUCAGCGCCUCCUCCUGGCUGGCUGGACGACAUCCAUGGAUACCAGGGUCACAAAGGAGGAGAGGAUGAUAACCCGUUGUAUCCUCCUCCACCUGCCUACAACCCUCAGCCUGAACUCAACAGGAACACUCUGGUUCCCAACGUCAGGGUUCCCACGGUGUCGGAGGAUGUGGCCAGAGAAGCUCUGAUCAAGUUUGUGGAAUCUAAAUGGAGGUACAGCUCCAAACCAGCCAGGAACCUGACGUUCAAAGAGCUCAAAGCCAUCACCGUGUACCGGUACCGACUGGAGACCUACACCGAGACCAGAACCAGCGCCUGGCAGUUUGAGCCCUACAACGGUCAGACGGUAGACGGACCUCAGUAUGGAGUCAGUCCUCCUCCGUGGGACGUUCAGGUGAUGUUUCCUCAGAGAUACACCGACCAGGUGGAGAAGGUCCGAGUGCCGCAUUCAUCCUUCGUCAAGUUGUGUCACAAAUGCAACGGCUGUGGAAACACUCGCUGCACUUCCUGCUUCGGUAGAGGACAGAAACGCUGCACUUUCUGUCACGGUCACGGCCGAUCCCGGAACAAACGCUGCACUUCCUGUCAUGGACGAGGACGCAAGAGGUGUUUUUCUUGUCACGGUCGUGGCUUUAAGACCUGCUCUGUUUGUCACGGAAGUCAAAACCUGUUGCACUUCAUCCUGCUCACCGUCACCUGGAAGAACAAUGUUGAAAAUUUCAUUCCAGACCGUCAGCCGGAAUUCCCAGACAAGAACUUUGGGAAGGUUUCAGGAGAUCCUUUCUUUGUUGAUGAGAACGUCCUGGUUUAUCCUAUCCAGGGUUUCCCCGAUCAGGAGAUCUGUGAUGUUUCAUCAAAGAUGAUCAACGACCACCUCGUUCGUUUCACCUCCACCAGCCGGAUCCUGCAGCAGCGUCAGACCAUUGAGCUGGUGCCACUGACUCACGCCUACUACUCCUACAACGGGAAGGACUACAGCUUCUUCGUUUAUGGGAUGGAGAACAAAGUGUUUAUGGCCAAAUAUCCGUCUGCCUGCACCCUGCUGUGAGCCGCACAUACGGUUAGCAUGUUGCAUCCAACAUACGGUUAGCAUGUUGCAUCCAACAUACGGUUAGCAUGUUGCAUCCAACAUACGGUUAGCAUGUUGCAUCCAACAUACGGUUAGCAUGUAGAGCAGAGCAGGACUUCACCUCCAACCACACCGUCAUACCUGAAGCCUCAUCAACAGAGGAACCGCCGGAACGUCUACUGUCUGGCUUCAUGUGCUUUAUUUUAGUAAGAAAUGAACUUUGUUAAGGUAGAUUUUAGGUUUUUAGCUGCGAUUACAAAGUUGCAGUUCAUCCCAGAGUCUGUGUAAUCAAGUAUAAUCCGUUUAUUCUAACUUCUCCUUUGUCCUUUUGCAUCUGGUGCCGUUUUAAAUCUGUCAUUUAAUAGAAUACUGGCUUAAAACUCUCCGGUGUUUAUUAUUUAUCUUUGAUAUUUGUCGUCAGAUGUUUGUCGUCGUUUCCAAAGUCGACGUCCAUGAAUCCGAUGCUCUGGUGCAAAUAAAAACAAUCUUUGAAAGACCAAAGAAAGAUUUAAAGCUGUUCUUAAAAACAAUCUACCUGGUAAAAAGUGAAGUUUUUAGAGUUUGUUCAGUUGUGUUUGCAGCUGAAUGUCAUUUUAGACUUUAAUAGCAAUAUUUUACCUUUAUGAGCUUUAAAGUUGUUCUUUAAAUAAAGCUAAUGUUGUUACUUAGCGCGAGAGGCUAACCGUUAAAGCUACAGGCUAAAAUCCUGAAAGUUUACUGUCUAUUAGUUUACUGAAUGUCAUUUUCUAUAGACUGUACCACAAACAUAUUAAAAUCAUUAUGAAAAGAUGCAAAAUUACAGAAAAAAGGCACAAAAUCAUCAGAAAUAUGCAAAAAAAACCAACAAAUCGUCAUAAAAAGAUAGCACAGGCACAAAAUUGUCAGAAAUGUGCAAAAAAAAAAGCAAAAAUGUUUUAAAUCAUAAUAAAAAGAUACAGAAUUAUAUGAAAGAGGCGUAAAAUCAUCAGAAAUAUGCAAAAAUACCAAAAAACUACCCCAAAAAUGUUUAAAAUGAUCAUAAAGAUGUAAAAUUACAACAAAAAGGGUCAAAAUCAUCAGAAAGAUGCAAAAAUACAAACAUAUUAUAUUAGAGAAAUUAAACAGAAAAUGCACCUUAUUGUAUUUCCUUUUUGUUUUAUACCUUUAAAGAUGAAGAAAACGGGAAGAACCACUUUAUUUUGUGUGUUUUUAUGCAGCAGACUCCGUUUUCUGCCUUUUAUUUCUGCAGCCGAAGCAACUGUUUAAAUCUGUCGUUGUUUUUGUAUAAUAAACUAAAAACCUGCCAAAUGUAGUCAGUAAAUAAACAGAUUUCUUUAUCA